AAUGUGUACAUCAAAUUUUUGAUUGGUGUAGAAGGCUUUGAAAACAACCAUGUGACUGAAGUCAAAACGGUGUAAAAUUCAACGGUUUGAAGUUUGCGAAUCGAUGAAUGAGUAUUUAUUUAGUUUGAGUUUCAUUUAUGUGAUAUUAUUAAGUGCUAGGAGUACAUUGUGUAUAUUUUGAAAGUGUUUCUAAGAUAUCAAACCAUUUUCAUAAUGACUAGUAAGUUUAAAAGGGGCAAAUAUUUCAGUCCUCCAAGGUGGUCAGUGUUUAAGAUGGAGGAACCUGCUAUGGAGACAGAUGUGCAAAGUUCUGGACGAAAGAUAAGAUACUUCCCGCCUAUUUUGGAGACCUCUAAUGAUGCUUCUGGAUGUAAUGUAGAAGGUAGCACAUCAGUAAAUUCUACUUUUAGCAUCAAAGAUAGUAAAGUUUCAAACCAAAACUUGACUUUCAGUAUGCCAGAUGUUUCAAAAGACCAGAUGAUCUUGGUCGAUCAAGAAAAUCAAAACUUGACUUUCAGCAUGCCAGAUGUGUCAAAAGAUCAGAAGGUCUUUGUUGAUAAAGAAAACCAAAACUUGACUUUCAGCAUGCCAGAUGUGUCAAAAGACCAGACGAUCUUGAUUGAUGAAGAAAAUCAAAACUUGACUUUCAGCAUGCAGUGUGUGUCCAGAGACAAGAAGGUCUCUGGUGUUGAAGAAACUACCAGGGAAUCAGCAAUUCAUACACAGUCUUUUAUAGGUGAAAGUGAAAUGGAAAGUACAUUUAGCCUGCCAGUUGAGGAAGAUUUUACGUUUCGUGUUCCUGUCCUUGAAGAGAAACCUACAAGAACCAAAAGGUUUUUUCCAAGCCCUGAAUCAAACGAUGAGAGUAAGAUUCAUACUAUCGUUUCAGGUGAAUGUAAAUCUGAGCCUGGAAACUUGACAUUUGAAAUGCCCUCAUGCAGAAGUCAUGGUGCAAAAUUUAAACAAGUCUCAGAAAAUACUUUGUCAAAUUGUGGAAAAACUACACACAAUAAUCCAGGAGUACGAAGGAGCAUGAGGAUCAAAAAAGAAUCUUGCACUCCUUUGCCUAGAAUCCAGGAGUCUCCUCAAAACAGCAAAAGAAAAUCUCUGAGCACUGCACGUCAAAAUAUCACCAAGUCUCAGUUGAACCUUUCAGGUUUGUCACUGAUGGAGACUACAGCUAGCUCUGAUGCACCUGACCUGCCAUUGAAAUGUUUCACACCUUCAGCUAGUAGUUCUCCUUCACGGACUCUGCGUUCCAAAGAGUCUCCUCGACACAGCAAGAGAAUAAGUCAGCGUGCUGUACCUCAAACAAGGGUAAAUUUCACCAGUUCUCAGUUGAACCUUUCAGGUUUGUCACUGAUGGAGACUUCACCUAUCUCUGAUGCACCUGAUCUGCCAUUGAAAUGUUUCACACCUUCAGCUAGUAGUUCUCCUACACGGACCGUGCGUUCUGUAGAGUCUGAGGCUUUUUAUCUACAAGCUGGUGUGUACCUUGAGACAGGAGAACUUCAUGCUGGUGCUUCACAGUCAACUUUAUCUCAGUCGGUUUCAGGCAGUGAUACAUUCACUUCCUACAAACUUCCUACAAAGGAGAGUGCAUCUGACGAAGACAGAGAAGUAUUACUAUCUGCAAGUAAAGCUCUCCGAAACCAGAGAUAUUUUCAUUUUCCAAGUCCUAAGCUGCAAGGUGUGUCUGAUGACCACACCGUGCAUUCAGGUGAUACUGAAUCAAGCCUAAUGCUUGCAACUGGUUCCACUUUUGAACUUCCUUCACAAGUUUCCAGAGAUCUUGCAAAAAUGAAAGUAAAUUCAGAGGUUGAUAUUUCAAUAAAGGCUAUAGAGAACAAAGAAAAUGUACCCCAUAUGGCUAAGACAGAUCCCAUAUGCAAAACUAACCAAGACAAGCGAACAAACAUUAAGUCAAAAAUACCUGUUCCCAAGAAGAACUCCGCUUCUAAAGAUAAAUUUGUGUCAAAGAUUCCAGUCCCUUUCCAGUUCAGAGGACCAGGUCAUGGGAGUAAUACAAAAACUGCAAGUGCAAAACAUCAGCCUGCAGUUAAGGUUGUUCCAUUCCAGUUCACUGCUCAGCCAACCACACUUGCCAAUAAAUCAACAGCUCAAUCCAGAGCCUUUGCAAGUCACAGGCAGAAAGCUGCCGCAGAGCGUCGUAUGACAGCUAGAUGUGUGGCCUUGAAGACCGCUCCAAAAGACAGGGAAGGCAAGACCGUGACACGUCGGAAACUGUACCAUGAAAUAGUGCGGACAAAUCGCACUCACCAACUAAUGAUGAAGAGGAAAAUCUAAGUCUUACGCAUACUUGAAAUUGUUUUUGUUUUUACUAAUGCAUGAAACUAUUUUCAGAGGAAUUUUACAUGAUGUUUGAAAUAAGUCUUUUCGCUUGUGUAUAAAUGUAUAGUUUUUUUUUAUCACAUAAUAUGUAACAGUGUUGAGUAAUAUAGUUAUUUGAAUGAUGGUUAAACAUGUUUGAUUAUUAGAAUUUUUUUUUUUAAAUUUUUAGAAGAUUUUAACUCGUAAUUGUGAUUUCAAACUUGUUAGUAAUUGUAACUACCAUUCACAAACUUCGUUUGUAAAACCUGACUUUUUCUGGUAUAUUUAUUGAGUAAUAUGUAGAGAAUUAUUUAACUUUUCUUAAAUAUGGUAUUAACUUACAAAUGUAUUGUAGUGCUUUAUUCUUUAUGUUGUGUCAAAAACUGUAUAAUUUAUGGCUAUACCUGGAAAAGUCAUAUUGUAGUUAAAGACUUGAAUUCAAUUUGGGCAUAGCCACAUUAACCAUCAGUGCUUGCAUUUAUAAUAAGUUGCUAAUCAUUUUCCUUGAGAGAUCUGGUAGAUUCAUAAGCCCAUUUUGAACAUCUGCUGUGAUGUGGUGUUGAUGGGACUGAGAUGUCCUUCACACUAUGAAGAUUUGUAUGAAAUAUACAUUAAAGUGCUGCAAUAAAAUCUUUAUUUUUGUGCCCUAA